UUCUCUCUCUUUCUCUCUCUCUGUCUAGCACUGUAAACUCCCAUCACUGAACUCACACUGAAUAACACACACUUCUUUACACACACAGUCAGAGCUCAGAGACUCCACGAGACGAGAGAAGAUCAGAGCAGACAUCCUUCUUGAUAAAACCCCAGCAGCACAGAUCAGGUGUCUGAGAACUUCCAAUAAUGCCGGUGGUGUUCCAUUCCUCCCCGUUGAUGUGGUCACGGGUGGCAGCCAUGGUGUUUGCCUGCGUGGCAUUUAGUGUAGCGCUGUACGGCGCUCAGCUGACCCACGGUACAGGUGACUGGUGUAUUUUCUGCUGGAGCUUCAGCUUCGCCGGGACACUUCUGAUUGUCCUGGUGGAGAUCUGUGGCCUGCAGUCUCGUGCUCCCAUCUCCUGGAAGAACUUCCCCAUUACCUUCGCCUGCUACGCCUCUCUGCUCUGUCUGUCUGCCUCCAUCAUCUUCCCUCUCUUCUUCCUGAAAGGGUACGUGGGACGUGAUGAAUACCUCAACUGCCGCAUCGUCUCCACUGUCUUCUCCUGCCUCGCCACACUGGCCUACUUCAGUGAGGUCAUGUUAAGCAAGGCGCGUCCAGGCGAGGUCUCUGGCUACAUGGCUACAGCGCCAGGAAUUCUGAAAGUCUGUGAGACCUUCAUCGCAUGCGUCAUCUUCGUGUUCAUCAGCGAUCCAGUGUCUUAUAACCAGAAUGCAGCAACAAAAUGGUGUCUCUCGGUCUACUGCAUCUGCUUCAUCCUGUCAGCAGCCAUCAUCAUCAUGUGCAUUGUCGAGUGGACUGGAUUGCUUCCAAUUUCCUUCCCCCGCUUCCUGUCCUUUUACGCUCUGCUCGCCGUAGCCAUGUAUCUCUCCGCUACCAUAAUUUGGCCUAUUUACAAGUUCGAUGAUAAACAUGGAGGCAAUAGCCACCGGCCGAACGAAUGCAGCUACCACAAGGGCCUGUGUGCCUGGGAUAAGACGCUCGCCAUCGCCGUCCUCACGGUGCUAAACUUCCUGCUGUAUCUCACAGACCUGAUCUACUCGGCCAGGCUCGUCUUUGUUAGGGUUUAAUCACAAAACAGCUUCACCUUCGUUUCCAGUGCUCUUUCUUCUCAGCCACCUCAUCUUAAAUUACCGCAAUUAGCUUGAGCCAAGUUUGUUAGAUCUCAUACACCAACACCACUGUGGUUUACAUGUUUCUUUUCUACAGCUGUUUAAAAAGGAGCGAAAAAAUUCUUUAAUAGAAAUUUGCUGUCAUCAAGUCGACCAAUCAGCAAGCUGGAUUAUCCUAGCUAGGUAAAAAAUCACGCUAGAUAAUUAGAUAAAAAGCCAAUACAAAGGAGUUGUCAAUCGCAGUAUUUAGUGGAAGUGGAUGAGGGCGGUGUUGGACACGUUGUUGGAAAGUAGGCGGGGUUUCAUGGUCAUUGCAGCAUCUGUGAUGCUACAUACGCUAAUCUCUUUUUAAAUCUGUCCCUCAAAUACUACAGAUGAUGCCAUAAACACACAGCGUGUUAAAGCUGCAGAUUUUAUUUUUCACCAAUCGUACCAGACCAAAGAUGGACAUCAGAGUCAUUUUGAAAGAAAAUUUCAGGUUUCAGGUUGCUAGAUUUCGAGUUUGACUAAUUUAAAUCAACAUUUGUCAAAGUUUAUCAUCACUCUGCUCUACUUCCAGCUGAGUUAUAAUAUGAUAAUAAUAAUCUAUUAGCUCAUUUCUCUCUCAGAACACUGAUGCUCUCACACAUUAGCACUGAUUUAUGCAUUAAUGCAGUCGGUGUGUUAUGGUUAUGUUCUGAAGCUGUAAUGAUGUAAGCAGAUGUAAUGCAGCAUUUAUUGCUAGUGCUCUAACAGGUUAGUAACAAAUUCACGCCUUCACCAACUUCUACUGAAGUUUUAUAUAACUAGCCAGAUGUUAGCUCAUGGUAACUAUUAAACAUAGCACUUUAGCUACUCAAAACAUUUUAUCAAAAUUUAAUGUCACUGACAUAACAAACCUUUAUUUUACUCUGUUACAAAAACUGAGAAUGUGAUUAAUGCUCUUCUAUUCGCUAAAUUCUCAGAUGUUUUUAACACCACAGAAUUUUGUAUAUUCUGACAUAAUUUCACAGAUUUAAUUUUAGCAUGUUAGCUAACUGACUUAAAAUAAAAAUGUAAAGACAAUUGAAAAUCUAGGAAUUACAUGUACAUUGAGAUAUAUUGUGAUUGUGACAGAAUUUGUCCAAGUUUUUCAAUAUUUUCUGCUUUUGAAAUAAACUUAUUGUAUCACUAUUACAGCAUAUACAAAAUAUAUGCUAAAUAUAUGCAAAUGAAAUGUUUUGUAUAUAAAUAUCAGCUGUUUGUGUAGUAGUAUUAUUAAGCUGGAUAAUUAAACACGAGUUAGAAUGUGCAGUGUGUCGGUCACAGGCUGUUACAGUGAUGUCAUCACUCUCACGCUGGUGCAUUGUGGGAAACGAGCUCUGAAUAAAAAAUAAAAAAUAAUGAUCAAGA